AUGGGUACGUGUCCGCGUGCACCAAAUGGAGCCCGAUCUCAUGGAUGUGGGUUCCAAUCUCGAAGAAGCUCUGCAGUUAAAACAAGAGCACGACCAGCCAAAGAAGAUGAAGUUCAACAACUCCUGCGGUCUCUGGAUGCCCAAGCUGACCAGAACAGAUCCCAGGUUGAUGUUCACAAUGCUAUGGCGGACACCCUGGCUGAGGCUUGGAGAGACCUCAAUGACAAACUGGCCUACAGAGGGACACUGCUGGACCAAAGUGUGGCCUUUCAUCAGAGUGCACAGGAUUUAUCCUCAACAAUGGAACAGGCCCAAAGAAACUUCAGCAAAGUUCCCUUGGCUACAGAUGUGGAAACAGCACAGAAACUUCUACAGCAACACUUAGACAUGAAAAACAGUAUUUUGGAGACAUCCAAAGCAACUUUGGACAUGGGUCAGUCCCUGCUAGACCAGAUUAAAGCAAUGGGUAUGCAUGCGGACUUCGCCAACUACCACGCCACCACUGCAGCUUGCUAUGGCAUUGAACAUCUGCUGGAGCUGCUGCAUGAUCGCAGACGUCACCUAGAGGAACUAUGGAACCAGCGCAAGAUUCGUUUGGAACACUGCUUGCAGCUGUGUCGACUAGACCAGGAUGUAAAUAAGAUCUUAGAAUGGUACCGUGGAGUUGGCAACAAUUACUUACAUAACACAGAACUGGGUUCAUCCUACACUGAAGCCCAGCACAUACAGGAAGAUCACAACCGUUUUGAGGCUCAGGCCAGAGAGGUACAAGAGAGCAUGCUCAGCCUACUCCGGACUGCUGAUGGUCUUCUGCGACGUGCAAGCGUCGAUGCAGAAGGAAUCCGUCAACGCCUCAUUGCAGUGGACCGCGAGGCAGAAAGCUUUUCAAGCCGCUUGGAUAUUAGACGAAAAAAUAUCUCCAUGGCUGUAGCUUUCUUCAGACUCGCAGAAACGGCUCUAAAUAAACUUGGUGAGGUGGAGUUCCAGCUAAACAACAUGGAUCUCCCAAGAAACAGCACAGAGUUGGCAGAGCAUCAUUCACGUUUGUCUCAGGCCAUCGUUGAUUACUCAACUGAAGCGACCCAUGAGGGGCGACUGCUACUUGAGAGGGUCAGUAGCGUUGAUCCUGGGGCGGAUGGCGUCAGACGAAAGAUGGAUGAGCUUUUAACCAAGUGCACACAACUGGAAGCACUGUGCAAGGCUAGACGUGCCGAGGCAUGGCAAAGAAGCCAGGACUAUCUGGUUUUUCAAGAAAGAUAUAAUAGCCUGCAAACCUGGCUUCAACAAAUUGGCCUAAACAUUGUGUCUCGUCACAACUCCUUGGGAACGACACUUGCCAGUGCUAAAGACUUUUUAGAAGUUCAUGAACAACUUAAUGAAGAUAUCGGGGACAAGAGUGAAGAGUUAUCAGCCUUGUCUGCUGCUGCGUCAAACUUGGUCAAGUCAGGGGACCAAGAGGCGCAGCAGGCUGCAGACAGGGCACAUGAGCUGGAACAGCAGUACCUGCAGCUUCAGCACAUGGUUGAGAACCGUAUUCAGUUGGCCUUGAUAUACAUCUCAUUUCAUCGGCUAGCGCAGCAACUGUCCAGCAAUCUAGAUGGUCUGGAACAUAUUGUCCGAUCUGAGACAGAAGAUCUACAAGAGAUCACAGACACUGCUGUACAGAAUCUGCGAGACAUGUUUUCGAACACAAGACACAUUUUCGACGACCUCAACCUCAAGGGGAACGAAUUCUUGCAAAAUGCAAAUAUAAUUCAAGGUGACUCCAGUCUGGAUGUCAACAGUGCUGUGCAGACAGUGAAACAAGUCCUGUCUGACCAGCGCAUGAACUCUGUGACCAGGUACUGGGAAGCCUGGGAACAACACGUCAUCUCCAGCAAACAGUUCAAAUCUCAGUGGCAUCAGUUUGUCCAGGAGGCUCGAAGGACAAUCGAUAGAGUUAUGCAAAUUGAGAACGACUUUUUCCCACUCAUAUCAGGCGAGCUUGGUGAUUCGUUACAGCAGACCAAUCAGCUGCAAGCUCGCUUGGAUCAGUUUGUGCCCAUCUAUCAGGAGGCCCAGGCCAAGAUUGAAGAGCAUCUGAAGACAGCAGAAUUGCUGUCUUUGAAAGGAGACACCAAAGGACAGAAAGACCAGAUCAUAAAUGAACUGGUGAAAGUCCAUCAGAGAUUCCAGAGUCGCAUUAAUGAAUACCAGAUCUUGCUGAAGAUGACCAUUGAAUUUUACAAGCAUAUUGCCCAACUUGACGAUAUGAUUGAGAGAACAGAGAAAGAAUACCUCCAUUCCAAUCUUCCCAGUGAUCUCAACCAAGCUGAGUCCAUGCUUGAACAACACAAACGCAAGAAGACUGAGGUCUCACAAUUCAUCAACUACACCGCCGAGGAGGGCGAUAGAAUUGUUAGGCGGGUACGCCAGCAGGAUGCUGGUGCCGCCGCAACAGAUGACGUCCGACACGUUUUGGAUGUCACUGCUGAAACCAAGCGUCGCUGGGAUAAUUCAUGGGAAGAACAAGAGCGACGCUUGCGUCAGAAUCUUCAGAUCUGUCAGUUUAACUUUGACUUGAGACAGAUCCAUUCAGAAAUAGACCAACUACAUCAUCACCUGCAGUCAAGGAGAGGAAACUAUGGAACUUCAUUACCCAAUGCUAAGAUGACCUCACAGGCAUUCAAGGAGUUUGAGAAAACUGUAGAGGUUAUUGAGGAGAAAAUCCACAACUUUAUUGGCACAGCUGAGCUGAUGGUCCAAGAUGAACAUUAUGAUUCAGACAACAUCCGAAGUGAGGCUGAAACCUUACGUAACAAAUGGAGCACUUUCCAUGCUGGUGUCAAAGACUAUAGGAGCCAACUGGAUGCCAGUAUUCUGUACUUCACUUCCAUAGAUGAGUGUGAACGCUGGAUGCGUGAAGGAAGUGAGCUGCUCAUUGACAUCGGACACAAAGCUCCAGAUUGUAAGACCCCUCAGGAUGCUGAGAAUCUGAUCAAGAACUUAGAGAAGUUUGUGGAGAAAGGCAAAACUAACCAGGAGCAGAGACUGCAAAAGAUAUCUGAACUGGCCACCCACUUGUAUGGUGAUCAAGGAGUCAACAAGGUCAGACCAUUGGUCAUCCAGUACCAAGACAUGAUGCAGUCAUUUGAACAAGCUGACAAUGAACUAUCUAUCUUGAAAGAGAACCUUGAAGGGAAGUCUGCUGUGCCAGUGGAAGAGUUCAUGCCCAGGGAUGUCAGUGCCAGAGCUGCAGCUCCAGCACCCAAAGUGAGACCACCCAAAAUUACACAACACCUCAAGAACGCCGAGGUCAUGGAAGGCAACAGGGUCACAUUUGAAUGUAGAGUGGACAGCGAUCAGGUCCCUGAAGUCCGAUGGUACAAAGACAACCUGCCACUGACCAGUCCAGACUAUGAAACCCGCUUCAUGAAUGGCUUGGCUACCCUGACAAUAGAGGAAACAUUCUCGGAGGACACAGCUCGUUACACAUGCCGAUUUACCAAUGAAGCUGGGAUGGCUGAGUCUUCAGCUUAUCUCACUGUCAAAGAAACACACCAGCAGAUUGUUGCACCAGAGUUUACCAGGAACCUCAAAUCUCAGGACGUCCCUCAAGCAACAGAAGUGCCGACAUUUCAACAGCCCCUGCAUGAUGUGACUUCUCCGGAGGGCAAGCCCCUACAUCUGGAGGUCAGAUUCUCAGGGUCACCACCGCCAGAGGUUAUCUGGUUCAGGGGCAGCAACAGGAUUGUUCCCAACAACAUGUACAAGAUCACUGUCACAGUCAACUUCUCAUCUUUGGACAUUCAAGAAGCUUAUACCGAAGACUCGGGAUCUUACACUGUGAUUGUGAGAAAUAUUGCAGGGGAGGCUACUUCAGUCUGCCAGGUUCUCAUUGAGCCAUGUUUUUCAAGUCCAGGAGAUGAGGUCUCCCAGGCUUCUGCAGAAUUAGAAGCCAGAGCACCACAGUUUGUACAGAAACUUCCACCAACCAAAGAAGUUCCUGAAGGGACAAGGGUCAGACUUGACUGUGUCCUGAUAGGACAUCCUGAACCAGAGGUGAUCUGGUUCAAGAAUGAGAAGCCCAUCAAAGAAUCUCAGGACAUCCAGCUGCUGUUUGAGGGUGAUCGCUGCACACUCAUCAUAAGAGAAGCUAUCCCCAGUGAUGAUGGCCUCUUUAAAUGUGUGGCUCAGAAUCCCCAAGGUGUGGCAGAGUCAGCAUGCAAGCUUCAUGUGGAACCUGUCAGUGAGAUGAGUGAUGCCUCAGUGGCAGAAGAAGCAGCUCCCAAGUUUACACAACCCUUGAGAGACCAGCAUGUCAAGUCAGGACAGAGGGUCUGUUUGCAGUGCCGUGUCCAAGGCCAUCCCUUGCCCACUGUUACCUGGUACAGGGAUUCUCACAUUCUUGAAAGCUCACCAGACUUCCAGAUCACAGCUUUUGCUGAUGUCCACUCACUGACCAUUCCUGAAGUAUUCGAUGAGGACAGUGGCAGUUACACUGUCAAGGCUGCCAACAGAGCAGGAGAAGCCAGCUGUGUGGCCAAGCUGACAGUUGAGACACCACCUGAGGAGACCAUGGAGAAGAAAAAGGUCAGCAGACGAGAACAGGUGCCGCAGAGCCCGCCUGAGUUUGGACGUUUAUUCCAUGAUGUCACAGCCAAACCAGGAGAUUCUGUCACUUUUGAGUGCACUGUAACCGGCUCACCCAAACCUAAGAAGUGUUUGCCGAGGACAGCGGCAAGUUCACGUGUGCUGCUGAGAACCCAUAUGGCAAGGCAUCCAGCUCAGCUGAGCUAG